AUGGGGGGGCUGUGCCUGCUCGUGGUGGCUCUCUGCGCCGCGGCACCCGGACCAGAGCCGACAGGAUCUCCCAGUAUUCCAAGUGGGAACGCCUCGGUGACGCCGUAUCCCGGAGCGCUCCGCUUGGCCGGCGGCCGGAGCCGGUGCGAGGGCCGCGUGGAGCUGGAGAAACUGGGAACCUGGGGGACGGUGUGCGACGACGGGUGGGACAUUCCCGACGCCGACGUCGUGUGCCGGCAGCUCCGGUGCGGCCGCGCCGUGAGCGUCCGCGGGAAUUCUGCCUUCGGCCGCGGGCACGGCCCCAUCCUCCGGGAUGAGCUGGGAUGCCGCGGGCACGAGAGGAACCUCUGGGAAUGCCCGGCCGCUCCGGAGCACGACUGCAGCCACAAGGAGGACGCCGGCGUGGUUUGCUCAGAGCACCAGGAGUGGCGGCUCUCCGGGGGCCGGGACGGCUGCGCCGGCAGGCUGGAGGUGUUUUUCCGCGGCACCUGGAGCACGGUGUGCGACAGCACCUGGUACGGGCCGGAAUCGGCGGUGCUGUGCCGCAGCCUGGGAUGUGGGACGCCGCUCCAGAGCCUCUCCUUCGGACACACGCUUCCCGGGAGGAUGCUGUACGAGUGCGGGAGCCUCCAGGCUUCCCUGGCGUUCUGCAGCUGGACCUUCAACAGAUCCGCUCCCUGCCACCAGUCCCGGGCGGUCGGGGUGGUCUGCAAUGGCUCCCAGGGUUUGCUGGAUCCAACCCCCACGGCCACAGGGACAACAGGGAAUGUCACCGUCCCGCGGGCCGAGGAAGGGUCUCCAGCUGUAGGGACACAAUUCCCGUGGGAUAGUCUCCUCUUUAUCCUGUGCCUGGUGCUGGGAAUGCUGCUCCUGCUCUCCGUGCUGGCCCUUUCCAUCGCUCUGCUGAGGCUGAGGAAGAGGAGCGCCAUGUGUUCCUUGGGAAUAACCACCCCAGUCCUGGUGACCCACAGCUCCCAGAGCCCUGACGUGCCCUCCGGGAUUCCCAAUGACUACAGGGAGAUUCCCACCAACCUUCCCAAAGGAUCAGACCCGCUGGGCACAGCCUUUUCCAAGGAUUCCACCUCCGAUUCUGACUCGGAAUACUACGAGUUCAGCAGCAAGCCGCCCGUUGCCCUCUCCACCUUCUACAACUCGCUGCGCCGCCAUCCCGGGGAGCAGCUGCUCCCACCGAGGCCCAGACAGGACGGGAUGGAGCCAUUCCCUGAGGAUGGUACGGGACAAGGGGGGCAUAUCCCAUGGAGCUCCUCCAGCUCCUCCUCCUCUUCCUCCUCAUCUACGAAUCCCUGUUGGAAUGGCAACGUCCCCUCCCAGCACAGCUGGGGCACCGGUGGGCCCUGCCAGAGGGAUAGUCCCAGUAAGCACCUGUUUCUCCCAGUUCCCCCAGCAGCUCCCAGCAUUCCCACCCCAGUGCCCUCCCAGCCCUGGGUACCUCCGUGUCCAGCAGAUCCCGAUCCCACCGGCAGCUCCAGCACCUCCUCAGGGGAGUGGUACGAGAACGUUCCGGGCACGGAGCCCACCGGAGACACUUCCCAACAUCCCAGUCGGAUGGAUCCCUCGGGACAGGAUCCCGACUUCUCCGAGGGCAGUGACUAUGACGACAUCCAGGGAACUGCCUACUGAGCCUUUCCCGCUGCUCCAGAGGGACACCUGGCCAA